AUGUCAUUUCUCACGGGCCAUGGAUCUGGCCCGGGCGAAGGCGAAGAGAGCGAUCAUUUGCACCGCAGGAGCUCGCGUCUAUUCGCGCCGCUAAGCCGCUUUGGCCGCCGGCGCAGCACCCUGUCGCUUCGUCGCCACGAGACAGAGGACGAGGAAGAAGGCGAGGCGCGACGGGCGUCGCAAGACGCCCCACGUAGCACGUCGCCGAUGCCCCCACAAGAUGCCGAGGCGCACGACGAAGAUGCCAUGACCGAUGCCGAUGAUGCGGCAAGCACCUACUCGACCGAUGACGAGUCGGUGCUUUUCACCGACGACGGCGGUGACGAUGACGACGAAGACCCCAACGAGGACUUUGACGUGAAUACCUUGCGCAACACACUGUACAAUGCACACUCGCUCGGCUGCGGAAAGAGCGAUUUGGUCGAGUGCUCCGCUGUGACCAACUACGAGGACGAGGACCUGCUCGACCCAGCUGCGGACGAGUUUCAAACCGCUCCCAACAUUGUCUUUUCCCGCAACGAGAAGGAGCUCGAAAGCCAACGCGGGCUGUAUGCAUCGUCCGGCCUUCCGGUAUCGAUACCCGGCCGCCCUCGGCUGCUGACGACUGGCCCGCUGUUUGAGCGCAACCGGAGCACGGUGAUUAUGGAGUACGGCGAUUACAAAGAGUGGUCGCACCUUGCGCGGCGGCCGAAGCGGUACGUCGUUGCGAGCGACGGCAGCGAGGGCUCGCAGUACGCAAUCAACUGGGCCAUGGGUACCGUGUUGCGCGACGGCGACGAGACGCUGAUCGUGUCUGUGAUGGAGACCGAGACAAAGCUUGACGCGCUCGAGGACCAGCACGAGGACCCGAUGCGCCGCUCGAUGCACCAGCGCAUCCGCCAAGACACGGCCGUGCACCUCGCGCACCAAGCGUUUGUGCUGCUGCAGCGGACGUGCCUCAACGUGAAGGUGUCCUGCCAGGCGCUGCACGCCCGCAAUGCGCGGCACAUGCUCCUCGACCUCAUCGACUUUUACUCGCCGACGAUGGUCAUUGUAGGCAGCCGUGGCAUCGAGACGAUCCGCGGCGUGCUUGGCAGCAUGAGCCACUAUCUCGUGCAAAAAUCGUCCGUGCCGGUCAUGGUCGCACACAACAAGCUGCAGCUGCCCCGCCUGCCUCGCGGCAAGGCGGACGUCGUGAACAAUGUGCGCAUGCGCCACAUGCGUCUCGACCAGGCCGUGACAGAGAAGUCGAGUAAUGCGACGGACCACGAGCACGACGAGGACGAGACCAAGACGACCGACCGCAGCGCCGAGCGCAGCCGUGAGCAGGACGAGCGCCUGAACCGUCUGAACCGCAAGAGUCUCGAGCGCCGCAAGGUCGACACCCAGCCCAGCGACGCCGGCGCCAGCAGCGAGCCGCAGGCCGAGCUUGCGCCGGCAAUUGCCAUGCUCUCCACCGCAGACGGGGACGAGAAAAGAUUGCAUUUGCCCACGUAG